GGGAUGGUUUAUCUGCAAAAGUGAAUGUUGGUUUCAACUAUAGUCGUGGGCGGGAACAAAAUCGUCACCAGCAGUUGUGUUGACUUUGUCACAACCUCUCUCCAUUAAUCGCGGCCUUGUCAACAGGCAUGCCAUCACUUCAACAGCAUCAGAACUACCUUUAUUACUUACCUUCUCCUCUGUUAAUAUCGUUUCAAAACUGAAAAUUUUAAUUUCUUUGGGCCUGUAAGCAUUCUGAUUAAUUUGAUGCCUCAAUUCGACUCUCUGGGCUGAACAGCUCCGGACCAAUGGACUGAGCACGAUUACUGAACGCGACAAAAGAUAAAGAUUGCACUUGGACAAAGAGUUCAUCGCAACAGGGCCCGGACCAGCAUAUUCAGCCACAAUAUUAACACCAAAUCCUGUCCUAGGCCUCACAGGCCAUAAGCCUUGCCGAGCCGUCCACGAUGAAGGCGACCCCUCUUCUUAUCGCCUGGCAUGACGGCAAUGCCCCCAUUUACUCUGUGAACUUUGAUCCUAACGGCAAAGGGAGACUGGCUACAGCUGGAAAUGAUAACAAUGUUCGCCUUUGGAGGGUUGAAGCUACCGGAGAGGAACGAAGAAUCACAUACCUUAGCACGCUGAUAAAGCACACGCAAGCUGUGAACGUCGUGCGGUUCUGCCCUAAAGGCGAGAUGCUGGCAUCCGCUGGAGAUGAUGGAAACGUACUCCUUUGGGUGCCGUCGGAGCUGCAGACUCACUCACGGCUAGGCGAAGACCGAUCCGACGAUAAAGAAACGUGGCGAGUGAAGCAUAUGUGCAGGUCCUCUGGGGCUGAAAUCUAUGACCUGGCAUGGUCCCCGGAUGGUGUCUUCAUAAUUACCGGAAGUAUGGAUAAUGUUGCGCGAAUUUACAACGCACAAACUGGCCAAAUGGUGCGCCAGAUAGCAGAACACUCGCACUACGUGCAAGGAGUCGCUUGGGAUCCGCUAAACGAAUACGUUGCUACGCAAUCCUCUGACCGUUCAGUUCAUAUUUACACUUUGAAAACAAAGGAUGGCCAGUUCACCUUGACUUCGCAUGGAAAGUUUCUCAAAAUGGACUUGCCAGCGAGACGCAUAUCAUCGAACAGUCCCGCUCCACCGGAUAUUGGACUUAGAGCUCAGUCGACAACCAGCAAUUCUGUCGCGGUAUCUUCGCCAGGGCCAUCGGCACCUGGCACUCCUAUGACAGGCUUACUGCCAAUGGAUCCACCCCCUGUAUCGCUUAGUCGUCGCUCUUCCUUCGGUUCCUCCCCUUCUAUCCGAAGAUCCGCUUCGCCUGCUCCUUCGAUGCCAUUGCCGGCUGUCAAGCCGCUUGAUAUGCCCUCUCCGAGUUUUCUAGGUGGACUUGGAGUGAAGAAUGCUAGUCUUUAUGCCAACGAAACGUUCACUUCCUUCUUUCGGCGGCUAACAUUUGCACCUGAUGGAAGUUUACUAUUUACACCUGCAGGGCAAUAUAAACUCCCCAAUUACGGUGACCCACACAAAACAACGGAAGACAUUAUUAAUACCGUGUAUAUCUACACACGUGCUGGAUUUAAUAAACCACCAAUAGCCCACCUCCCAGGGCACAAAAAGCCGUCAGUCGCUGUGAAGUGUUCACCGGUCUUCUACACUCUUCGACAAGGCUUAAAGCCUACUCGCCAUAUUACCCUUGAUACCUCCUCCGUUGAUGAUUCUUUUGUAGCGCUUCCCGAAUCUGUGAUAUCCUCCAAUCUGCCAGGCCCCACUACUACAUCGAUGGACCCUCCACCAUUAACUACGUCGGCUUCGACGACGAGUGAUGCCUCUCGUCCGUUACCGUCACCGAAAAAUCAAGAAUCGGAGACAGCCACGGCUAAUCAGCCUCCCCCUGCGUUUUCACUACCAUAUAGAAUAGUGUAUGCAGUAGCCACUCAAGACGCGGUUCUAGUUUACGAUACGCAACAGCAAACGCCGUUGUGCGUCGUGAGCAACCUGCACUUUGCGACGUUCACCGAUCUGACAUGGUCACAGGAUGGACUCACUUUGAUAAUGAGUUCCUCCGAUGGGUUCUGCUCGACUCUUGCAUUCUCACCCGGAGAAUUAGGACAGACUUAUUCAUUUGAUAAACAACACCAACAAGCCUCUCAAAAUGCCCCAUCAACAACGACUACUCCUUUACCGACCCCAACGCUAGUAACCUCACCUGAAGUAGUAAAAUCUACGCCAGCCUUACCCGGACCUGCGAGUCCUGCCAGCUCUGUAGCAACCAUUUCAGCAGCAACGAGCUCAAGCAUGCCACCUUCAAGUUCGGGGAUUAUCAACAAUCCGACCCCAACCCUAAGCUCUGUUCCUUUGGUCACAGCUACAAAUUCUGCUCCGCCUCCUCUCUCGUUUACAACACCUCCUCAGACUCCUAUGACUGGCGUUUCGCACAGCGCAAGGAGCUCUAUCAGCGGUAGCGUUCUUGGCAAAAGAGAUCUUGGCGCUAUCAGCGAGUCGGAGAAGGAUGAUUCAAAAGAAACCGAUAAAGAGCUUUCUGCUGCUGCAGUUGAAAACGACGAUGCUGCAUCCCGACCUCCGAAAAGGAAGCGAAUUGCCCCUACUCUGAUCUCUGCAGGAGAAGGCCCGUCGAAGGCUACAGACGCAGGUAGCGACAAACCUGCCGAAUGACAUACUUGAUAAAUGCCCCCCUUUUUAAGUGGGAAAGAAAUGUUUACAUCAAAUUCUUGUUGGUACCUACAGGAUAGGAAAAUCACAUGUAUUAUUUUUUUCUAGGUUAUUGCCGUGCUUUUUUUUGUGACCUGCCCUGUGUGGAUAACUGACAUUUGCUUUCGAAAUUCUGGGCUUUCUACCGCAAACGAUAGUACAAGACAUCGCUUCUACAGCUUAUUUAUUGACAUGUGCUCUGGGGAAGUUUCUUUUUUUCUGGUCCUGACUUUGUUUCUUUCAUACCCCGGACUGACCCGUGUCGGGCAAUCUUUACCCUUUGGCCGAGCAUAUCGGACUUCAACAGGGCUUUUUAUUGUUUAUUUUUUCUUCUCUACAGCUCCAGAUUUUCUCCCUAUUUAUUAUUUGCAAAUCCGUAUUGCCCCCAUUUGGUCCCUCGGACGCUACAUAAGUGUACGCAGUACUGUACUAUCUUCCAAUUUCAUUUUAACCUGGAAUAUCGUGAAUCUAAACUAGCUGGACUAUGAGAACCUUCUAUACUGCGAAGGGCGUGUAGGAGAUAUCAAGACA